CAUAGGCAAAACGUCAGAAGCAAACCUCAAGGAUAACCAUAGCAGUCGUACAGAAUGACACCUCGUUCAGUUUAAGUGUCAGUUGCAUGGAGUGUUAAAUUAGAUGAGAGACAGAAAUCACAGAGUGUGUGUGGCUGACAAAAUAGAUGGAGGUGAACUCUAUAGAGAACCAUUCCCAUCACCUGGAAGAACGUCGUCAUGGCGACGCAUGUGGGAUGGACUUUGCACAAGACGGAGAGUUCCUUCCGGCUCUGUACGGAAUAUUUUUCAUCGUGGGCACUCCCAUAAACAUUGUCGCUUUGUUUGGACUGUACAAGCUCGUCAAAGCCGAAAAUGUCUUGCCAGUGUAUGUGAUAAACUUGCUAAUUGCCGAUCUCCUGUAUCUGUUGACGUUACCCAUGUGGAUGGACUACUACGCCCAUCAUCACCACUGGCGAUUUGGACCGGUCGCCUGCCAGAUCUCCAGCAUGAUUUUCUACAUCAGUCUUUAUGCGUCUGUAUUCUUCAUGUGUAUCAUUGCUCUCGAGCGCCACAUGGCCAUCGCCAGACCGUUGAAUUUCCGCUUCCUGAGCCAACUCAAGUUUGCCCGAUGGUUUGCACUGGCAACCUGGGUGGUCAUCGCACUGCCUCCAUCGAUAGCCUGGGUCAAGUUCUUCCCACAGCACAACAACUACACCCUCUGCAUUGAGCGUUUCCCCGCGGAGAGUGGCUUUAUUGUUUACCGGCUCGUCACCCUGUUGCUGACCUUCGUUGUUCCCCUUGCUUUCAUUUUCACCCUGCAUGUUAAAACUAUGUCAUCACUCAUGGCCCUUCGUGCUCUCCCCUCAGAAGAGAAGACGCGCAUCAAGAGCUUACUCAGGCUCCUCUUGGUCACGUUUGUCGUCGUGCUCGGACCCUACCACGUCACCGGGUGCAUCAAGUACCUAGGCCUACUCCUCCGCUCCGACCGCUGUGCCUGGGAGAGAGCCGUGUUUCUGCCCUACCAGCUAGGCAGAGGACUACUAGUGGUCAACGGCCUGCUGGAUCCUGUGUUCUACAUCUUCCUAAGGACUGACUUCAGGUCAGUGGCAGCCCAGUACAUGCCCUGUUUGAGAGUGGUGACAGAGGGCCUGGGCCAGGGCAAGGCUUCCAGAGAGGGCCCUCCACAGCCCAUGGAGCAGUGCACAAGCUCUGCUAACGGCUGCAGAGAAGCAGCAUCUUCUAGCCAGGCCACACCCUCCUAGUGACGCAACACCUUCAGCGUUGAUUUUUUUGGGGGCAUUUUUAGACUUUAUUAUGGACAGGACAAUAUGAGAGGUAGACAGGAAGUGAAUGGGGAGAGAGACAGGGAUGGGUCGGCAAAGGACCCAGGCCGGGAAUCAAACCCGGGUCAGCUGCAUGCCAGGCGAGAGCCCUACCGGAUGGCCACGGCAGGGCCUCAGCAUUGACUCUAGUCAGGCCAGGAGCGAUACAAAUAUAGUUAGCUCCAGAAAACUCGGAACCCCUCCCACUUUGUUGGGAGGCAAACAACCAGUAGCAAAACAAGGGAGGAGGGUCAACCAUGCCGUUUGGUAAAUGUUAUGCUCUUGGUCAGACCAAGUCUCGAAGAGAUUUGAAAAUUGAUGUUAAUCAGGCUAGCAUCUUCAGGGAUAACACCAUAGCUAAACUACGGACUGCAGAGAAGUAAGGUGUUUGGGAUAACAUCUUAAUCACUUACAUACAUUACUUCUUACUUACCGACCUACUUAUUACAUCUUAACCCAGUAAGACAGAUCUCCUACUAUAAAUUAGCUGUUACCAGAAUGGCAAUGAUGACACAGUUGUAAUGUAGGUAUUACUCAAGUCCCCUCUGCACUGUCAUAGUUAUGUAGCACUAUGGUAGUAAAGUUUUUUUUCAGUGUCUCUUACAGCGUUCCACUGGUGGAAUGGCGUGUGUUUUUAUCAUGUUGUUGUUAAUAUAUUGAAAGGUUCAAAAUUCAUAAUUUUGCAGUGCGCGCUGUGCAGACUGCUAGGAAAUGUGCCGUCAUGAGUGCAACCAAUAUUUUUUUCAUUUUCACACGUCAUCAUCAUCAGCUCGCGAUUGGAUUAUUGUUUUUGGGGGAUGGGGCUAAGGGUGGUGAAAAAAACAUUAAAACAAUGUUUACCAAAAGUCAUUACAACUGAACAAAACAACUUUUGUACAUGGGAGGUCUGUUUCCGGAACCCUUUGAAACCCUUCUGUUCUUUUUAACUGACCUGUCGACCUUAAGUCAACCUAAGAGGGGAAACAAGGUCUGUUGAGUGCAUAGUCCUCUAGAAUCAGCAAUAACCACAUGUAGAAAAUGGGUUAAAACAUAAUAAUUAGUUUGUUUUUAUUUUCAUGAGGAGCAAAGUUACUCCAACCUUUAACAUUUUGAAUGUUGCAAUUUUCACUGUUGAUAUUGGAGAGGCUACAGGGCACAGAGGAUAUACUGUUUUUUGUUUGUUUGUUUGUUUAAUGUAAAAAAGAAAAAUAAACACACUUGUUGUUACUGUAGUGUCACAAGGUCCUGACUCUCACAAUGUGACAUUGUAACAUUUUUAAUGUGCCUCUUCUUUGAAGGAAAGACCGUAAAUGCUGAAUCUGUUCACACAUGAUGUUCAUAAAACCAUUCUUUCAUUUCUUUAAUUAGUUGUAUUCUUUUUUUAACCGUUGUUUAUGUCUACCUUGUCAUCUUACUCUUAUUGUACAGUGUUUACACUUGA